AUGAACCAGGAAAUGAAUGGGGUUGAGGGUCAGAAGCAGCAAGAGAAUGGAGAUGCGAAAAUGGGUUAUGAUGUGCAGGAGAAAAUAGACUAUGUGUUUAAGGUGGUGGUGAUAGGAGACUCAGCGGUUGGCAAGACUCAAAUACUCUCAAGGUUUGCAAAGAAUGAGUUCUGCCUUGACUCAAAGUCCACCAUUGGGGUUGAAUUCCAGACUAGGACUGUCACUAUUAAUGCCAAACUCAUCAAAGCCCAGAUCUGGGAUACUGCUGGCCAAGAAAGGUACAGGGCUGUAACGAGUGCAUACUACAGAGGUGCAUUAGGGGCAAUGCUGGUGUACGACAUUACAAAAAGGCAAUCAUUUGACCAUGUUGCUAGGUGGGUUGAGGAACUGCGUGCACACGCAGAUAGCUCCAUUGUGAUCAUGUUGGUUGGUAACAAAGCUGACCUUGUGGACCAGAGAAUGGUGCCAACUGAAGAUGCAGUGGAGUUUGCUGAGGACCAGGGUCUCUUCUUCUCUGAAACUUCAGCUCUCAGUGGUGACAAUGUGGAGAGUGCAUUCCUCAAGUUGCUAGAAGAAAUCAACAGUGUAGUGUCUAAAAAGGCGUUGGAAUGUGGUUGUGGGAAGGUGAAUGGUGACAACAAUCUUGCCUCACUCACAGGAACUAAGGUUGAUAUACUCUCAGGUCCUGAAUUGGAGAUUAGUGAGAUGAAGAAAUUGUCAUCUUGCUCUUGUUAA